CUGAGUUGGUCACUACUCAAAGACAUGUUCCACAAAUUCCCCAAAUAUUAAUACGUGAUUCAAAGCACGUCACUUACUCGUUUAUUUGGACAUGUCUAUUCAAUUUGCUAUAUGAUGAAGAAAAACCCAAUUUUGAUGUUGCAGUGAAUAGCUUGAUCCGUUUGAGGCCUCAUAUUGAUCCUUGACAUGGCAACUUCUCAUUUAACAAGCCAACAUAGACCCUCAAGGAUUCCAAAUCUUAUUGGGGGCAGUUUUGUGGACUCAAAAUCUUUGACUUUCAUUGAUGUUAUCAACCCUGCAACACAAGAAGUAGUUUCACAAGUUCCUUGCACUACAGAUGAAGAGUUUAAAGCUGCAGUAUCUUCAGCAAAGAAGGCAUUUACAUCAUGGAGAAACACUCCAAUCACGAAACGCCAGCGUGUUAUGUUGAAGUUCCAAGAGCUUAUACGCAGAGAUAUGGAUAAACUUGCAUUGAAUGUGACUACUGAACAAGGAAAGACGUUAAGGGAUGCACAAGGAGAUGUGUUUCGUGGUUUAGAGGUGGUGGAACAUGCUUGUGGGAUGGCAACUCUUCAAAUGGGGGAAUAUGUUUCCAAUGUAUCAGUUGGAAUUGAUACUUACAGCAUUAGAGAACCACUUGGUGUUUGUGCUGGUAUUUGUCCCUUCAACUUUCCUGCAAUGAUUCCCUUGUGGAUGUUCCCAGUGGCAAUUACCUGCGGAAAUACCUUUAUUCUAAAACCGUCAGAAAAAGUUCCAGGUGCUUCUGUAAUGCUAGCAGAAUUGGCAAUGGAGGCUGGUUUGCCUGAGGGUGUCUUAAAUGUAGUUCAUGGAACCCAUGAUAUUGUGAAUGCUAUUUGUGAUGAUGACGACAUCAAAGCCAUAUCUUUCGUUGGUUCAAAUGUUGCUGGAAUGCACAUAUAUGCGAGAGCAGCAGCUAAAGGGAAACGUGUUCAGGCUAAUAUGGGGGCAAAAAAUCAUGCGGUUGUAAUGCCUGAUGCGAGUGUUGAUGCUACAGUAAAUGCUUUAGUUGCUGCAGGUUUUGGUGCUGCUGGACAAAGGUGCAUGGCUCUCAGCACGAUUGUUUUUGUUGGAGGCUCAAAACUGUGGGAAAGUAAACUUGUGGAGCGUGCCAAAGCUCUUAAAGUAAAUGCCGGAACUGAACCAGAUGCAGACCUCGGUCCAGUCAUUAGCAAACAAGCAAAGGAGAGAAUACACAGAUUAAUUCAAUCUGGGGUUGAAAGUGGUGCAAGACUGGUGCUCGAUGGAAGAAAUAUAGUGGUACCAGGAUAUGUAUCUGGCAAUUUUAUUGGUCCAACCAUCUUAUCAGAUGUCACUGCCAACAUGGAGUGCUACAAGGGAUAAAGUGCAGUAGCAACAACUCCUCAUCAAGCACAUUCUAGCAUCAUAACAAAUUGCAAAUGUUUUGACCAAAGUUGUCCCUUAAGCAUGAUUCUGAUUGUACUUACAAACUUAGAGUUCAAAAGUUCUCACCUGAGUUUGAGGGGGGUGUAAAGGAAUAGAAUGACAUUAAAAAUUUGUUAUAAACUCAACAAAAUUUGUUAUAUAGAUAUCUAGGCUGUAUGUCUACCACUUUUGUCCCUUGUAUCUUGACACUUACAUUUUUCAAUAUUAUCAUAAUAUUAUUCAUAAACAUUGCGACUCU